AUGGCUGACGAUGAGAAAACUGACUUCCAGAAGAAGCUGAAUCAAAUCGAAGCCUAUGGAAAGAUCUCCGCAAGUAUCGCUCUUGGAAAUCGUCUGCAUCUUUUCGAUGCCCUAGCUAAGGUAGGGAACGAGCAGGAACCUGCGUCUGCUGCUCAAGUCGCAGAAGAAUGCGGUUGCAAGGAAAGGUACGUAAGAGAGUGGUUGGCGGUAAUGGGAACCGCAGAUAUAAUAACAGUUACGGAAGACGAGAAGUUUUACAUCAAAGAGGAGCAUGUUACGGAUCUGACUGCCAGCGUCGCCGUUGUGUCCCACUCGUUCCUGCCAAAUGCUCUGAGACCAUAUGACAAACUUGCCGAGGUUUUCAAGAAGGAUGGGCCUUACGGUCUUGACUAUUCUGAUUUCUCCUCGGAGUUCUAUGAAAUCAUGGCCAAAUACAGUGAAGCGGCUCAUAAGAAACAUCUUAUACCCGACUAUCUUCCAGCUCUCGGAUCAAACGUGAAGGAACGACUUGACGCAGGAGGGAUGGUGUGUUUGGAUGUUGGAUGUGGCAAAGGAUUCCAUGCUGCUCUUCUAGCCGAGAACUUUCCAAACUCGAACUUCACCGGGAUCGACAUUUCUCAGGAUGCGAUCGAUUUGGCUAACCAGAAAAGAAGAGAAGAUGGUGAGCCAUUCAACAAUCUGUCGUUCAUUCAAAUGGAUGCUUCCAAAAUGGAUGCCGAAUGGACUUGCAAGUUCGAUUUGGUCACAAUCUUCGAUGCCUGUCAUGAUCAAAUGCGACCAGAUUUGUGUUUGCGUGAGAUUUAUCGCAUACUCAAGUCUGAAGGAAUGUUUGCAAUGUUGGAGGUUGAUGGAACUUCCAACAUCUACAAGGAUAAGGAACGGAUGGGACUGUCUGCUGCAUCGGGUUAUGCUGACUCGCUAUUCAAUUGCCUACCAAUAGGAAGCAACUCAGAAGAUGCACUUGGCCUCGGCGCGAUGUGGGGCAGAGAGCGAGCAAUGAAAAUGUUGAACGAAGUUGGAUUUGCUGAUGUCAGUAUCGUUCCCGCCCCAUUCUUCAAACAUCAAGUCUUGUACGUGUGCAAGAAGUGCUGA